GUAGCAGUGUGCGCAGCAGCAGUUGUUAGCCCAUCAGCUGAAUCCUUUCAAAAAACCAUUUAACUGUUCAAAAUUCCACACAUUUUUAUAUUGUACUCAUUUAAACAAUUUUAAUAUGGGUAAAAAGGAUAAAGGAGAUCGAGAUAAAAAGUACAAAAAGCGUCAUUAUGAAGAGGAAGAUGAAGAAGAGGUGACUGGAAACGAGUCUCAGGAAGCCAUACCUGCAGCUGCAGGAAAACAAGUGGAUGAAUCAGGUACAAAACUGGAUGAGUAUGGAGCCAAAGACUACCGUGCGCAGAUGCUGCUAAAGAAUGACCACUCUUCACGACCACUCUGGGUGGCUCCAGAUGGGCAUAUCUUUCUGGAAGCCUUCUCACCGGUGUAUAAGUAUGCCCAGGACUUCUUAGUGGCUAUUGCAGAGCCUGUGUGUAGGCCUAACCACAUCCAUGAGUACAAGCUAACUGCCUAUUCCCUGUAUGCUGCUGUCAGUGUGGGGCUGCAGACUUCUGAUAUUGUGGAGUAUUUGCAGAAGCUAAGCAAAACAUCUGUACCUGAUGGAAUUGUGCAGUUUAUUAAGCUCUGCACUGUGAGCUACGGGAAAGUUAAGCUUGUACUCAAGCACAACAGAUAUUUUAUAGAGAGUGCCUUCCCUGAUGUGAUCCAGCGCCUUUUGCAGGACAACGUCAUCCGUGAAUGCCGUCUUCGUGCUGAAGAUGGAGCGGACUCGGAGCUUAUUACUGAAGUCAUCCACAGCAAGUCAGCGAUCUCCAAGUCUCUUCAGGAAAAAGAAGGUGCUUCCACCUCACAGCAGCCCAGUGAUGGCCAAACUCCAAACCAGCAGGUCCCUGAGGACAUAUUCAGCUACUAUGAACAAAUGGAUAAAGAGGAAGAAGAGGAGGAGGAGACUCAGACUGUGUCCUGUGAAAUCCGGCAGGAGAUGAUUGAAGAGCUUCAGAAGCGUUGCAUUCAGCUAGAGUACCCCCUCUUAGCAGAGUACGACUUUCGCAAUGACACGGUCAACCCAGACAUCAAUAUAGACCUGAAGCCCACUGCUGUGUUGCGACCUUACCAGGAGAAAAGUCUGCGCAAGAUGUUUGGAAAUGGACGUGCACGAUCAGGAGUCAUUGUGCUGCCCUGCGGAGCUGGAAAAUCUCUGGUGGGUGUGACAGCAGCAUGUACAGUGCGUAAACGCUGCCUGGUUUUGGGCAACUCCUCUGUGUCAGUGGAGCAAUGGAAAUCCCAGUUCAAGAUGUGGUCCACUAUUGACGACUCUCUGAUCUGCCGCUUUACCUCCGAUGCCAAGGACAAGCCUAUCGGCUGCUCUGUGGCCAUCAGCACCUACUCCAUGCUGGGUCACACCACCAAGCGGUCCUGGGAGGCUGAAAGGGUCAUGGAGUGGAUGCGGAGUCAGGAGUGGGGACUGAUUAUCCUUGAUGAGGUGCACACCAUCCCUGCAAGGAUGUUUCGUCGCGUUCUCACCAUUGUUCAAGCCCACUGCAAACUGGGCCUGACUGCUACACUGGUCAGAGAAGAUGACAAGAUUGUGGAUCUCAACUUUUUAAUUGGACCAAAGCUGUUUGAGGCAAACUGGAUGGAACUGCAAAACAAUGGCUAUAUUGCCAAAGUCCAGUGUGCAGAAGUGUGGUGCCCGAUGUCUCCGGAGUUCUACAGAGAGUAUGUGGCCAUUAAGACAAAGAAGCGCAUUCUGCUGUACACCAUGAAUCCCAAUAAGUUCCGGGCUUGCCAGUUUCUCAUUCAAUUCCACGAGCGGCGCAACGACAAGAUCAUUGUCUUUGCUGACAACGUGUUUGCGUUGAAGGAAUAUGCCAUACGCCUCAACAAGCCUUACAUCUAUGGCCCCACCUCUCAGGGGGAACGAAUGCAGAUUUUACAAAAUUUCAAACACAACCCCAAGAUCAAUACUAUUUUCAUCUCCAAGGUUGGUGACACCUCAUUUGACCUGCCCGAAGCCAAUGUUCUGAUUCAAAUCUCCUCACAUGGUGGAUCACGUAGACAAGAAGCCCAGAGACUUGGCAGAGUUUUAAGAGCUAAGAAAGGAAUGGUGGCAGAGGAGUACAAUGCAUAUUUUUAUUCACUGGUGUCCCAGGACACCCAGGAGAUGGCUUACUCCACCAAGAGACAGAGGUUCCUCGUGGAUCAGGGAUACAGCUUUAAGGUGAUCACAAAGCUGGCAGGCAUGGAGGAGGAGGACCUGAUGUUCUCAACCAGAGAAGACCAGCAGCAGUUGCUUCAGAAGGUCCUAGCUGCUUCAGACCUGGAUGCUGAAGAGGAAGUGGUAGCAACUGAAGUGGGUGGAAGACCACAGAUGUCAAGGCGAGCCGGCACCAUGAGCUCCAUGUCAGGCGCAGAUGAUACCAUAUACAUGGAAUAUCAGAGUCGGAGCAGCAAAGCCUCUGCAUUAGGCAAAGGUGUUCAUCCACUGUUCAAGCGCUUCAGAAAGUAGAUCACUGACCCCUCAGUCUUCAAGUGUAUUCUUUUGUAACACAACAAGAUGUAACUGUGGGGCAAGAAACUAUUGACCUGCUGGUUCAGAGUCCACUGGAUUUAGUAAAAAUAGCAGUUUCUGAACAUAAUCAGCAACUCAGAAGGCUUAUGACGGCCAUAAAUGUCUGUACGGCUGACGAGACAGGAUAACUACUUUAGUAUGACAGCUACAAGAGAAGGGGGGUCUUUAUUUUGUCAACCAUAUGUAGUAAUUUCAUUAGGUAAAGUAAUGGAUGUCUACUGGACACAAGAAUAACUUUGCUAUUGAUUUGCUCGAGAUAAAAUACUGAUUUGUUUUUUUAA